CACCAAAUUGUACGAACAAACACCGGAUUUCAAACUCAAAAUUUAGCUAAAAUGCAUAUACCACCCAGAAUCCGCGAGAAAUUCCAUCAGAAUUCGAAAAUUCCUCUGCAUGCAAAGCCAUUUCUUCUUGCAGAUGUCCUAGUACCUGUAACGGCUAUGUCUGAGAUUACCCAUUCAUGGCCAUAAUUUUAAAAAAUGCAGCUUAUUCUGUACUCUCAGUUAACUAGUUCUGCACUCAUCACUGCGUCAGCCCACAAAAACCUGCCUUUUCCUUUCAUCCGACGACGGAAGUUCCUAGGCUUAUUGAUAAAAUCUCCUUGAUUUCUUCAAUUUUCAACUCUUGGGGAGAAAUUUUGGUGCAGGGUCGACGAAUUAAGGGCCAAAUUCGAGUUGGGUUGGCAAAAAUAUAAGAUUUUGGAGGUGGGUUUUGGGAAUUAGGAGCUAGGUUGCCAGCAUUUCUUGGGUUGGGGUAAUUUUGCCUCGUGGCUCUGUGGGGAUUUAAGUUGGGCAAUGGAUGUUAACGGUUUGGGUGUUUUGGAUUCGGUGAAGGAGCUUCAACUUCAAAGCCAGCUGAUUGAAGCUGGGGUGAAGCUUCUGGUGCCAUCUUCUUCUGCCGAUGAUCUUCUUGCUGCCCUCGAUAAAGUAGAGGACCUUUUAUCCAUUGUGGGUCAAGAUCCUUCCAGUUUGAUUCAAGAUGGGCUCUUGCCUUCGAUGAUGGCUUUGAUCUCUGAUAGGCUGCUUAGACAUCCUAAUACAGAUGUCAGGAUUUCAGUUAUGUCUUGCAUCUGUGAGGUGUUAAGGAUAAGUGCUCCGCAUCAACCUUAUGAGAAUGAAAGAAUGAAGGAUAUUUUUCGGUUGACUUUAGCUGCAUUUGAGAAGUUGUCGCUUUUCUCUGGUCGCUGUUAUGCUAAAGCUUUGCACAUUCUUGAAAUCGUUGCAAAGGUCAGAUGCUGCAUCAUCUUGCUGGACAUAGGCUGCGACUCAUUGGUCACUAAAAUCUUUGAAGUCCUUCUAAGUACCAUUAAGUUCAACCACCCGCAAGCUGUAUUCUCAUACAUGGAAGAUAUUAUGACUUGGCUUUUAGAUGAGAGUGAUGACAUCCCAUUGGGUCUUUUAAAGCCGCUUCUAGCUAGUGUGAAAAAGGAAAACCAGAUUACUUCACCCGUUUCCUCUUGGUUAGGAGAGAAAGUAUUAAAGAACUGCUCAACUAAAGUCAGACCUUAUCUUAUGAAUGCAGUGAAGUUAAUGAGGCUAGAUAUUAAUGAUUAUGCCGAUAUAGUUGCUUCGUUAUGCCGAGAUAUGCCAGCUGGGGACAAUGUGGUGAUGGUGGAAGCAGAAGCAUAUGCAUCUUUUGUUGUGCCAGCAGAGGCUGAGCUUUGUGGUUCACUGCUGCAUGCUGGCACAUCUCUACAGAUUGAUGAUGAUGACAGCAGAUCAAAGGAUGAAAUUGAGCAGACGAAGAGCAUGGCUAAAGAAUCUGUUGCCGCUGAAACUUUAGAAAGUGGAGGAGAAAUUCAAGCAAGAGCAGGUGUUGGAAUAGUACCAAGUAGCAUGGGAAGAGAAUCUAAAUCUCUGGUAGAACGAGAGAAAGAUUAUGAACAUUCUGGGAUGACUGGCAGCCCAAAUUCUCUUGAAAUGCCUUAUAAGAGGAAGAAUCAUGGAAAAGUCAGUAGCUUGCCACAUAGUUUGUCUGCAGAAGAGUCAUCUUUUCAUCUAGAACCAGAGAAGGAGAGCGAACCAAGUUAUUUUCAACCUAGAACAUCACACUUUAACAGCACACCUCCUCCCAUUUCCCCAGAUCCAAGUGAUGGAGGUAAAAGUCUUCAGAGAAGGGGUAGGUCAAAGAAGAAAGGGAACAUGGCUAAUCAUGAUAGUGAUCUUGAUGGUCACUUUCAGGGCUCUGAUGGUCACUUAAGAAUAGGAUCUUCCAGAACAAAACAUACUGAAGAAAACCCUGUGAGAUAUUCAAGGAGGAAGAAAUCCGCUGUUAAGAAUAAUAUUGAGAGAACUGCUGGUGUAAAGAAUGUAGUUAUUAAGACGGAAAAAGACUUCCAUAGUGAUUCAGAAGAACAACCACUUAUUUUAUAUAAGUUAAAGGAUGGAAGAAAAGGAGCAGAAGACAAAAAAGCUCUAAAAUCUGAGGUAUCCAAGAAACCUAGAAUUGCCAAAGAGUAUGGUGAAGAAUUAGUUGGUUCAAGGAUAAAGGUCUGGUGGCCCAUGGACAGUCGGUUUUAUGAAGGCGUUAUUGCUUCUUUUGAUCCUUCAAAGAAGAAACAUAAGGUUUUAUAUGUUGAUGGUGAUCAGGAGAUUUUGAAUCUGAAAAAAGAACGUUGGUUUCUGCUUGAUGACCAAGAGAAAAAGGGCAGCCUUACAAGUUCUGAUGCUGCUGCUGUUCGAUCCCGAACUCGAGGCCGAAAACGUGGUAGGAAGUCAGCAGCAAGAUCUGCUCUGGAUAUUCUUCACAUCAAAACCGAAAUCGAUGUUUUGGCAAAGGAUGAUGAAGAAUCAAAGGAUGAGGAGGAGAAUCUCAGAAGUGAAACUCUCACGGAUGCAAGUAAAUCUAGCAACUAGAAGCUUAGCUGCACAAUCUAAAAAAGCAUCUCAGCAAUAACUCAACUGAUAUGCAUGGCAAAUCGCUAUUAUCGCAUCUUGAGAGUGGCAGAUUAAACUGCUCAAAACAAUAUAUGAGAAUAUCAUAAAGCUAACAUCAUGGCACUCUUUGAAGAGCAGAUCUUCUGAAAUUUUGUGGAACUUGAUCUUGAUACAUGCUAUGCAGUCGAUUUCUGCAUUAUAUAUAACCUUGUGAAACUUGUGGGGAUAGUAGUUAGCUCUUAGGCAUAGACAGGGCAUGACUUGUUAUCUCAGCCAUAUGGAGCUCUGGCAUGACUUAUUAGCACAGCCUAUGUUGUAAUGUAUCUCUAGUUUAGGUACCUUUGCUCCUUGGAAUCGCUUUUGGUGCCAGCAUGCUGAUGCUGCAAAUACAUGCUUGGUGGAAGUAACAAGUGAAUAAGGCUACUAUAUAUAUAUUCUGGUGGUAUUCCUGUCUAAAUUGGAACAAGUUCUUGCUUUCA